AUGGCUGACACAUCUGGCACUGCUCAGCCCCCUCAGAGACCUCUCUCGCCCUGGGCAGAACGCUUUGGUGCACCACGAGAUGAAGGAUAUCACUACUGGGGAUAUAGACCGGAUGGGGUAGAACACUCCGGCUUUGCCCCGACAUAUCCCCGUCUUGAUUCGCGCUACUACUAUGACAUUCCUCGAAAUUUGAGUUAUCCUGGGGUGCCAAACUUGGCGGCCUUGGAUGAGUUGUUUUAUUCGGAGCGUACUCAGCAAUUAGAGUUCCAUGGACUAAAAACACGUCAAGCUGGGGCUUUAAAUGACUUCCUAUAUCCUAGUGGCGCAAGGGGUGGACACUCGCUGAACAUUAACGCACAGUACAACACGUCACUUUGGAAUCAGGAACUGAUCAUAGUGGACGAGAAUUCAUGGGCGCAAUGCUUCAAGAGACAUCGAUGGUGGACCCCGGAAGGUAGUCACAAUCCACAGUGGACCGUCGACGACGAUACAAUCUGGGGCCACUUGCGUAUCUCGAUAGAAAUUGCAAACAGAAUUCUUAGGGUGCUGUUGUCCGAACGACAUCCAUGGUUCAAUACGGUCAUGUUCGGCUCAGUGUGCCACGCAAAUCCACCACAGACCGGCAAAGCGCCUGUUUACACGGAUUGGGUGAACGGAUCUCCACCCCCUGAAAAAGGCGUAUCCCAAAUCGGACUACGGUAUCAGAGUGUGAACGCCAGCAGCCCAAGCUCACACGACUUCUUCAAUACUUUCGAACACCUCACACGAAAUCACGUUUUCUCUUUUGAUGAAGAAUCGGACGAAGGGGUGGGCAAUUGGACUCGCUGGGCGGCAACUGGUUUGAAUAAAGACGAGAAGACCCAGGAACUCAUUAGUAUUACCAUUGUAAACGUGUCGAUGAUUAGAGGGCUCUACGAAGGAUCAUUAACACUCCAGGAAGCUAAUGCUGCCUAUUUUCACCUAGCUUCUACGUUAUUGCAUGAAACGAUGCACUCUCUAUGGAACCACAAAAAACAUCCCAACAUAUUUUGCCCUGAACCAUUCAUCGGGGAUGAGUAUGUGUGUGAACUGGGCCGCUCCUUCGAGAGAGCAGUAUUCGGCGGAAAGGUUGAACCUAUUUGCACGCUCAGUCGCAUGAGAGGGGGCCACACAGGAAAUCUGUAUCAUGGAACCUUUUUUGGAAUGUGCGUACAGGAUUGGCCAAAUGAUGAGGAAGCCGACAUGUACCGGUCUGGAAAGACAGACCUUGAUUGGUCCCGCGACGAUAUGCAUGAAAUAUUGGAAAGGGUUCGGGACAGAUUCAUGGCGAGGGAAUUGCGAUACCGGGAGAUAAGGCCGUGGUAUGCUGAAGAAUAUGCCAAAUGGCAGUCAAGUCCGUGGAGCAGGACGAAUGCGAGGAACAUGAUCUUGGCAUUCCGCCACUACCAUGCCGAGAGGGAUAUCACGAAUGUACACCGUUGUCUAACAUGGUUCGACGGAGAUCCUUUGCUGAAGAAGUCUGUUGGGGCAGGAUGGAUUUUCGAGUUCAUUUACUACAUAAUGAUGGGCUCAAUAACAGACCAACCUGUGCCUGCAGAGCCAGAAAUAGAUUACAAACGAUGGCACAACCCAAGCCAGGCAGCAAUCCAAGCACACAGUGCUGGGUCUAUUCCGACCAUGAAGAACGACAAUCCGAUACGUCGUGUCUUCAUUCAAGACGGAGCCGCAGCACGGCCAGCAAUACCACCUGUUUACCCUACAUACGGUCUCACGCUGGCUAUAAGGAACUUGCUAAAUACCUACGAGGCGAAGUACCCAACAUCAAAGGAAUGGGUCUAUGCCGCCUACCGGGCGUGGAAAGAUCUCGUCAUCAGCCGUCGCCAAAACAAGACGGAUUGGGCGGACUUCACUUUUGAGGUUCCAGAGUAUGCGUCGAUCAACAUGGUAAUCAAGGACCAAGACGACUUGGUUAUACCAGAUCCAGAUACCGUGUACCGAGCCUAUAACCCAGAUACAGAUGGCACGUUGGGUCUGGAAGUGUUUCAACCAAGCCCGGGCCCCCGGACCUCUGGAGGGUUUAGUGCAACAAGAAGGACAGCAACUAAGCCACUAGAGCUCUUGAAUACUCCGACGAAGUAUUUUACGGUUUCACAAGCAGCAGAUCGCCGCUGGGUAUUGGAGGACUGCGAUGAUGGAAGUGUCGAUAUCUAUGAUAUCCUCAAACUCUUGAAACAACCCCAGUAUCAGAAUUAUUCGUUUUCGGACGUGACCACCUGCAGCAAACAGGGAUACCGUCUGUUAGAAGGUGACCCUAAUCCAAUUAUGUCCAACCUUUGCGGCGACAUGAAAGAAAAUGGGGUGUCCAAAGGGAAAUUGCUACAAUGGCUGCGGACCGAGGAGGUAGCCGAGCAUGACGGAAAGCACGGACUACCUCUAUACGUCACAUACAAGAGCCAGGUGUUCGACGUCACAGAUUUUGUCGCCGAUACGCAAGAACAAAACGAUCUCGUUCGCAAGAACCCUGGUGGCGAGCUACAAUUUAGUGAACACGAUGACGGGAGCUCGAGAGCGGCGUUGAUUAAGCUCUUGAGGCCAUGUCGUUGUGGGAUCGUCAUGCCGCGUAAAGGGAGGCAAGUUUCGCUCAACGCCCUUGACGUCUUCACACCGAGUAGGCUUCGCCAUCACGACAAUCCAUCAGAUGGCAUGUACACGGCCAUUCAUGGUUAUGUCUACGAUCUUACUGGAUAUGUCGACUAUCAUCCGGGUGGGCUCAAUAUCCUCAAGGAUGUAUGUGGACGAGAUGGCACCUCGCUAUUCGAUAAAUACCAUUCCAGUAAUCUUCUUGCUGAGGAAGACUAUGCGGCGCUAAGAAUCGGUCGCGUUAUAGAGGAACGGCGUGCCAAUGACAUAAGGAGGGACGAGAUUGUUAUCAAUGACGUGGUGUUCAACACAAAAUGCUUCGAGAAUGAAGAUCUACCAUUGCACGAUAUCAUUUCUCCUUACUAUGGAACCAACGCCACACAGCGCGUCACAGGUCAAGAUACAGACAGUCGCAAAACCAGAUCCAAGCUAGCAGCCUUCUACGUCAAGAGCAAGGGACGCAUCGUAGCAAAGCUUCGGAAGACUCACAUCCUUCCGUCCAUUUCGAGGGAGGAAAUGGCGAAGCAUAACCAUUUCAACUCAGAUCACGAAGCGUGGGCUCUUGUUGGUAAUGACGUAUUUGAUAUCACUGUCAUCGAAUCAUCGGAAGACUAG